AUGAAAGAAAAAGAAAUAGUGAAAGAAUUGAAAAUCCCACACACCCUCGAGGGGGAGGCCCUGCAGAUAACCUGCGAUUGGCUGCAAGCGGCUCUUGAGAAGUACCCAGAGCAAGCGAGACAAGCGCUUCGAAAGCUGCCGAAAAUUAUUAGGGAAAAGGCGGCAGCAGAGUUGCCUCAGCGCAGCAGCAGCAGCAGCAGCAACAGCAGCAGCAGCAGCAGCAGCAGCGAGAGUGAGGGCCUCAGCGAUUAG